AUGGGCGGCUUUACGGCGCUGCUCGCGCUCGCCCUCAGUCCACCAUUCCCCCCUCUCGCCGCGACUCCUUUCUUGAAUCCGCAGCCUGCCGCUCUCCGCGCCACUCGUGAUGCUUCACAGCGCCAUUCGCGUCCGCACACCACCGAAUCCCACUGGAGGAAACGCGGAAUCCGAGCCUCGUACACUAUCGGACGAAUUGUCAACAUGAUGCGACCACACCAACUUCCAACUCCCCGCCCUGCUCUCUUCCCCUCUCGCCCCUCCUCGCCCUCACCUGCAGCGAGUGACGUCAUCCGCGGGGCCCAAGGCGGCCGUUUGGAGGUGCCGGCGACGCUGCCGGUGGCGACGCGGAUCACGCUGGGCGCCUUCGCGUUCAACUUCACGUCGGCGCGCUGCACCAACCUGCCGCGCACCACCCCCAACGCCACGGUGCAGUGGACGUCCAAAGCCACGCCCACCCUCCCCGCGUGCAAGAACAUCACCUUCUGGAGCGGCGCGUCUUGCUCCGGCACCUCCUCCUACUUCCUCACGAGGCCCCCAAGACAACAUGUGCCAGUACACCAAGUGCCCUGCGGGUUCCACCUGCAAGACAACCACGGACACCAGAGGCCGUUGGAGGUCGCGGUUCAAUCGCCGGACUACGACACGCUGAUUGACGUCACGGGGGUGCCCACGGAGGUGGACGCCAAGCUGCCCGUCGCCACGCAGCUCGCAGUGGGCGCCUACAGCGUGCCCUUCGACCCCUCCUCGCGCUGCACCCGCGUGCCCGAGGGCACCACGUAUGCUGGCGUCAGCGCGCCUGUGAGCGUGCUGUGGGACGUUGCCAGCAGCGCGGUUGGAGGCGUGGUGAGCGCGCCGUGCUCGUCACUGUGGUUCUUCAGCGGCAGCAGCUGCAACAGUGGCACGGCGUUCAGCAGCCUCAGCAAGACCGCCUCCAGCCAGACGGCCACGAUCACGCCGACCACUCCACUCGCGUCAAUUGAUUGCCCAAUCUCCUGGCCGUGCAAGUACGCCUCGUGCCCCAACAACUCGGUGUGUCUGGACGCAAGCGGCAGCAAGCGAGCCACCUGCAAGUGCGACGAGGGUUAUAUCGCCGUCAACGGCACCUGCCGAGACAAGUGCAGUCUGCUGUGCCCGGUCAACGCCUAUUGCAUCAGGGAUGCAGUCGGGGAGCCACAAUGCUUCUGCAACAAGGGAUUUGAUAUGAACACUGCGGACAGUACUUGUGUUGACAAGUGCGCAUCAGUGAAGUGUGGGCUCAACAAGACGUGCACAAAGGAUGCUGACGGGACUCCAUCCUGCACCUGCAGCACCGGCUUCAAGCUGGCGGCCGAUAAUACCACUUGCAUUGACAAGUGUGCGUCGGUGACGUGCAAGGCCAGCUCGAGUUGCGUCAAGGAUGCGGAUGGGAAUACAAGAUGCGAUUGCAUCAAGGGCUACGAGAGGCUUCCAGGCAAUGACACUUGCGUUGACAAGUGUGCGUCGGUGACUUGUCCUCUCAACAAGACGUGCACGAAGGAUGCGGCUGGAAAUCCGACCUGCGUUUGCAGCACUGGCUUCAAGCUAGCGGCUGACAACACCACCUGCAUUGUGUGA